UUUUACUCUGUGGCAGUGCGGUCGCACUGUAGGUACAUAACUACUUCUACUGUAAGUCUACAUUACUGUCAAAAGUAAUAUGAAAUCUUCUCGGAGUUACUUUAUGUUCUGGUGAAAUGUGUGUUAAUUUUAAGCACCGAAGAUGCUAAGAUACUAUGGAUCUUUUAUGUCAUUCCUAUGUAUCGGCACACUAUUUACGUAUGUUUAGAUGUGAAACAGUGCUUGUAGAAUGAUAACAAUUAACCUCUAAUACAGUUAUAUACUAUACAGAAAUGGGUAACCAAAACAGUUGCUGUUGUUACCGGAGUCCAUCGCCGAUCAGAAAGGACAUCGUCAAACUAGAAGACUAUCUUCCGGAAGGCGAAGUAAGUUCCAAUAAUAUCCAGCACAUCAGUGAGAGAGAGCCAGAUGAUGGUGACAUUGAUCCUUCCCAGGAUCCCAUUGCAGGAACUAUCUUUAUGGAGCGCUCUAAAGCCUCCAUUGAAAAUGGGAUGACUAGGAAGCGUAGUCAACACCAAAUCGCAGAUAAUAAGCUCAAAAAAAGCAGUUCCUGUUCUACUAUUUAUUUAGAUGAUAGUACGGUUUCACAGCCUAAUCUGAAGAAUACAGUCAAAUGUGUAGCACUUGCUAUUUACUAUCACAUUAAGAAUAGAACAUCAGAGCGCAGGUUAGACAUAUUUGAUGAAAAACUGCAUCCCCUUAGUAAAGAAGGUGUCAGUGAUGAUUAUGAUAAGUAUAACCCUGAGCACAAACAAAUUUAUAAAUUUGUAAGAACCUUAUUCAAUGCUGCUCAGCUCACAGCAGAAUGUGCUAUCAUUACAUUGGUGUACUUAGAGCGCCUCCUAAUAUGUGCUGAACUGGAUAUAGCCCCAUCAAACUGGAAGAGGAUAGUCUUGGGAGCUAUUUUGCUGGCCAGUAAAGUGUGGGAUGAUCAGGCUGUUUGGAAUGUAGAUUACUGUCAGAUCCUAAAAGACAUCACUGUGGAAGAUAUGAAUGAGCUGGAGAGGCAAUUCUUAGAAAUGCUGCAAUUUAAUAUCAAUGUACCAUCUAGUGUGUAUGCUAAAUACUAUUUUGAUCUUCGUACCCUUGCUGAAGCUAAUGACUUGGCCUUCCCCAGUGAACCUUUAAGUAAAGAGAGAGCACAAAAACUAGAAGCUAUGUCUAGAGUCAUGGAAGAUAAGAUUGCAGCUGAGGUUGUCAAAAAUGGCAUCAAGAAAUGGUCAAGCUUAGACAAUGUCAAUUCAGGUGCUGGUGUGAGGCGUAGUGUAGCCAUAUUGUCAUAACUGAUUAGUCAUGAGCCAAAAUUAAGAUCCAAAAUGAAUCACAAAUUUAUGGAUAAUAUUUGUGUAUUUUAUAAGAAUGUAUUGUAUUUAGAAUGUUUGCACCCGAUUGAAUGUUAAUUUUACUAUUGGUACUAUAUGUUACAAUAAUAAGUUUUAAAACUUGACAUCAACUGCCACCUAUUGCCUUAAUAAUCAAGGACUAGUUAUGUAUCCAUAAAAGUGUGUAGGAGUUUUAUUUGGUAUUUUAGAAACCUGCAAAGUAUCAAAUAAAACCACUGCAUGCGUUUGAAGGUACAUAAUCUAGCUACAGUUAGAAAAUCAAUAGUGUGUGGUAUUUUAUACCAUUUUAAUGUGUAACUAAUGUAAGUCAUAAAAAUUACAUUGAACAAUAUGAAUAAUGUAUUUAAUUUGUAUGCACAAAGCUUUAUAUUAGCAGUGCAUUAUUGUUUUGUAUGCUCAUAAAUUAACUAAUUGUGUAGUCACUAAAA